UUGUUUUUUUAGUUGAUGGUAGCAUGUUGAAGUGUUAGUGUAGGAUUCACCGAAUUGCUUGCUUUGAUAUUGGCAGUUGAAUACCAAGAAUGUAUGACAAUAAGUAUCCCCCUGGUGGGAAUCCAGACAUUACAACCUCACAACCUGGUGUGGCUGGAGGGAACUAUCCUCCUCCACCUGCUUAUGGAAUGGGACCAACGGCACAACCUCCAGGGGCAGGAUGGAGCUAUCCUCCUGCCUAUGGAGUAGGACUAUCGGCUGCAUCUCCCCCAGUUGUUAUGGCUCCAGUGGGACCGACUAUCAUACUUCAGCAAUCCUUUCAUGAUACGCCUGCAUCCACUACAUGCCCAUCUUGCCGUCAGAAUAUAUUAACAAGGACAGUACACUCGAUCGGUCUUCUCGCUUGGCUCCUCUUUGGACUUUUACUCCUUUUUGGUUGUUGGCUUGGAUGCUGCCUAAUCCCUUUCUGUCUCAGUAGCUGUAAGGAUGUUGAUCACUACUGUCCUAACUGCAAUCAUCAUCUGUACAAGUACAAGCGGAUCUGAAGAUGUAUCUUUGUUUAUGUUCAUAUCUGUAAACACUGUAAAUUAUGUGUUUUUUGUUUCUCCAAACUUUUGAAGUUGGAGCACUUUCAAUACUUUUUUAUGCUAUUUCAACAAAAUCAAGCUUUUAAGCCCACAGUCAAAUUGUUAAAGUUGAAAAAAUACCUAAUAAAAUUACUCC